AUGGCUGAGAGUUUGCUGCAUAGCUCGCAUCGCAAGGCAUGGAUCGAUGCCUAUGCCAAGCGUGGUGACCGCAACGGGGCGGAAAGGUGGCUCAAGCAAAUGGACGCAGCAGGCAUAUCUCCGGACACCAUCACGUUUACCUCGCUCAUCAAGUGCUGUGCAAAGCUGGGUGAUGUCCCAGGUGCCACACAGUUUCUCGUGGAGAUGCAGCGGCGAGGCCUUGAUGCCGACGUCGUGACCUACACGGCGAUAAUCCAUGCCUGCGCCAAAAAGGGGGCCAUCGAGGAAGCGACGGCAUGGCUAGAGCAAAUGCAGAGAUCGGGCCAACAGGUGGACUACGUAGCCUGCACCGCUCUGAUCAAUGCCUAUGCAAAGCGAAGUGAUGCAAAUGGAGCAUUGACGUGGCUUCGACAAAUGAGCGUGCAAACUUUGCAGCCAAACGUAGUUGCCUACUCGGCCGUGCUCAAGGCCUUCGCCCGCAGUGCACAAGUUGACGGUGUUGGGCCACUCCUGAAGGAGAUGCAGGGCUUGGCUGUGACCCCGAACCUGAUCACCUGGACUUCGGCCAUCGAGGCAUGUGCCAAGAGCCAACCCAGGCGCCGCUCGCAGGCCGAGGACUUUGUGCGCCAGGCAUUAGGCUCCGGGCUAGAACCCGAUGCAAAACUCAUCCGAACUAUGAUGCGAGCGGUGGGUGCGCCCCACUGCAUGACGCUCUGCCGAGAGUUGGGGGCGGGCGAAGCUGCAAUGGAUGUCCUUGCAUCAGCACUGGAAUCCAGUAGGCCUGAAGAUGACAGAGCGAGCCAAGGCAGAAAAGGUUUGCGGACCUGGCCUAGUUUGGUUUCAUCUCUCAGUGCUUGA